UUCCUUCUCUUUUUUCGGGUAGAUUAUUCACCAUUAUAUAUUUGCUACUCAUGCUAACAAUUUACAUAGCAAUUGCUACAUUCAUUGCUUCAGAGAUUUUUCUCUAAUGGAGAACAAUGAGUCCGUUUCUCCGGUAAUUCUUUGAUGUUACAUAAUUUUUCUCUUUACAUGCAUUCCAUUUAGAUAAGAUAUAUACAUUAACCUUUUAUUUAUUUUUAUUUUAUAUUUUUUCUUCACAGACUUGUGUUGUUCUCAAAGUAGUGAAUCUCCAAUGUUGUGAAGCUUGUCCUUCCAGGGUGAACAAAGAGCUUAGGAAAAUUAAGGGAGUUACUGAUGUCCAAAUGAACAGAGAAGAGGGACUAGUUACAGUUUUUGGUGAGGCAGAUUCUUCAAAACUCAUCAAAGCAGUAAAAAAGGUUGGAAGAAAAAGAGCAGAGAUUUAUAUGGAGCCUAAAGAUCAACCUACUGAACCAAGCUGCACCUGCUUAGAACACACAAAGAGCACAAAAUCCAAGAACUCAAGCAUCCCUGAUGACACAAAGAGCACCAAAUCCAAGCACACAAAGGCGAGUGCGAAACAUGAUGAUGAUGAUGAUGAUUCUGAUGAUAAUUGCUCUGCUGAUGCUGAUUUUGGCGACCACGAUCUGCCUCUGCCUCCACAAUUUAAUGAUCAUGGAGCUCCUUCAAGGUCCAACAACCAUGUUGCUUCUAAUGCAAGCUAUCAUCAUUAUCCUCAAAAUAAUCCAAUAAUGCUAGGUACCAAUAAUGGUGGUGGUGGUGGCGGUUAUUUUCAAGGGACAACAUUUCCUGUGCCUGCAUAUAUUAAUACAUAUGCAAGAUUUUGUAAUGACUACAAUGAAUGUGUUCCUCCUCCAAUGGGUUAUGGUAGACCACAACAACCACCUUAUCAAUACAGUUACUAUCAUCAUCAACAGCGUUAUCCACCACAACCACAGCCGCAGCAACAGGCUCCUCCUCCUCCUCCUCCUCCUCCAUGCUCAUAUUAUGGUGAUGCUAAUGGAUGCACCAUAUCAUGAGCUCUGCUACUUAUUAUAUAGUUGCUUCUUACUUCAAUUCUAUAUUCUUCUAAUGUUUUGGUGUAUAUCCUAUGGUUUGCUCAUAUAUCCUAUGGUUUGAUUU